UUUGUGUCAGCAACUCGGCAGUGGUGUUUGGUGUAUAAAUAAAGAAGCAUCUCCGAUUCUAAAUUAUAAUCAUCAGAGAGUAGGCGGAGGCGGAGGCGGAGAAGGAGGAUUACAGAAAACUGACCACUACAAGAUGACUGUUUCUUCCUCAUUGGACAGAAAUUGUCCUCUGUUGAAACUCGCUCCACUCGAAGCAGUCCUGUUCGACAUUGAUGGCACAUUGUGCGAUACGGAUCCCUUGCAUUUUGAUGCUUUCCGCGAGAUGCUUCAAGAGAUUGGCUUUAACGGCGGUGUUCCGAUCGACGAGGAAUUUUUCGUCAAGAAUAUUGCUGGGAGACACAAUGAAGAUAUUGCUUCCAUCCUUUUCCCAGAUGAUCACGAGAGAGGUGUCAAAUUUCUCGAUGACAAGGAAGCCAUGUUCAGAAGGAUAGUUAAGGAGAAAAUCGAACCGGUGAAGGGCUUACAUAAACUGACAAAAUGGAUUGAAGAUCGUGGGUUGAAACGAGCUGCUGUCACUAACGCUCCUAGAGAAAAUGCCGAGCUGAUGAUCUCACUUCUUGGACUGUCGGAUUUCUUUCAAGCUCUUAUUCUUGGAAGUGAUUGCGAACAUGCAAAACCUUUCCCAGAUCCUUAUUUAAAGGCACUUGAAAUACUCAACGUGUCCAAGGAGCACACAUGCGUAUUCGAGGAUUCAGUUUCAGGGAUAAAAGCUGGGGUCGCAGCGGGAUUGCCUACAGUGGGAUUGACGACUAGGAAUCCAGCAGAGCUACUUAUGGAAGCAAAGCCUGCUCUACUCAUCAAAGAUUACGAAGAUGCUAAACUUUGGACUGUUUUGGACGAACUUGACAAAACGACUCCGGUGAAAACAGGUGCAGAAUGAUUCGUACACAUGAUGAUUAUUGGCUUCCCAAUUUGGUAUAAAUGGAGCUUCACAAUUCAAACUGUGAAAAUAAAACCGAGUGUUCGUCGCUAGGAAAAUCCCGUUAGUGAUUUUUUUCGAAACAUAUGAUUCGGUCUCCACUUUUUUUUUUUGUUGGUUAUUGAACAGGAAAGGCAUCUACAUAUUUCUUUCCUAUUAUUUUUGUGUGUUAUGUCUUGAGGAAAUCUGGAUGCUUUGCAAGAUAUUAGAAUUAAUAUUAUUUUUUUUAAAGGUUUCCCCCAGCAAUGUUGUGUUUACCGUCAAUGUUACUGUGUUGAUAGUCAACACAAUAUAAUUUUCUUUUACGGUUU